AUGUGUGUACCACAAGACGAGGAGCUCAAGACGCGAAUUCUAAGGGAAGCUCAUUGUUCGCCGUAUUCUAUACAUCCAGGACGAGAUAAGCUUUAUAAGGUUUUGAAGAAGCCCUUUUGGUGGCCUAGGAUGAAGCAAGAAGUAGCCGACUUUGUGGCAAAAUGUUUAACCUGCCAGAAGGUGAAAAUACAGCAUAUGAAGCCUGGAGGAAAAUUGCAACCGUUGGAAGUGCAGGAUGGAAAUGGGAAUCUAUCUCUAUGGAUUAUUCACGGGAUUACCGAAUACGAGAUCUGGAAAGAAUGCAAUAUGGGUAAUAGUGGAUCGUUGACUAAGACAGAGAUUCGUGGCAAUGAAGGAUACUUGGUCGUUGAAAAGUUGGCUGAUGCUUACUUUAAUGAGGUAGUUAGGCUACAUGGUGUUCCGAAGGACAUCGUUUGGAUAGGGAUUCGAGAUUCUUAUCUAAGUUCUGGAAACAGCUUCAAACAGCCGUGGGUACAUUAUUGA